GCCUAAAGUCUCACGUAUGAUCGCUUAAACAGAGUGGGAAGAGGAAACGGUGGUAUGGCACAUUGGACAACACUGAGGUGACCGUCGACUGUGAACAUCUUUAAAGUGAAGUCUCGUGAGAUGCCAGAGUUUGUGUCAGGAUCCUCUGAGAUAAAAUGGCGUUGUUGUUGCCAUCACCUGUGCUUCUGGCUCUUGUUUUCCUCUCAGUAGAAGUGACACUCUGUACAGGAAGUAAUAAAUGUGUCGCCAGAAACUUUGGCCAUGACUCUGUAGUGUGUGAGUGUAACUCGACCCACUGUGACAGUGUUGGGCCAGUCACCUUGCCUCCACUGGGCCAGUACGCCUCCUACCUGAGCAGCAUGGCCGGCAGCAGACUGGACGCGGGCCAGGGUCAGGUCCAGGUGAACAGCAGCGGGACAGGCCUCAAGUUGACUAUCGUUCCGUACCAGAAGUACCAGAAGAUCAGGGGUUUCGGUGGAGCUAUGACAGACGCAGCAGCCAUUAACAUCCUGUCACUUUCUGCCGGUGCACAGGACCAGCUGCUGCGACAGUACUUCUCCCCUGAAGGUAUUGGCUACAGCGUUGUGCGUGUGCCCAUGGCCAGCUGUGACUUCUCCACCCGUCUGUACACGUAUGCUGACACACCUGGAGACUACAACCUGGACAACUUCACCCUGGCUCCUGAGGACAUCAACAUGAAGAUCCCUCUCCUGCAGCGUGCUCAGGCCUUGUCUCCUCGCCCCCUGUCUCUGCUGGCCAGCGCCUGGAGCGCCCCCGUCUGGAUGAAAACUAACGGUGCUCUUAUAGGAAAGGGCUCCCUGAAGGGUCAGCCUGGGGGCAAGGAGCAUAAAACCUGGGCUCAAUACUAUAUCAGGUUCCUUGAGGAAUACGCUAAAUAUAACUUGACCUUCUGGGCUUUGACCACAGGGAAUGAGCCCUCUGCAGGACAGAUGACAAACUACAGUUUCCAGGCUCUUGGCUUCACUCCUGAGGAGCAGAGGGACUGGGUGGCUCUGGACCUCGGCCCUGCCCUGCACGCUUCUUCACACCCACGCACACACGUUCUCAUCCUGGAUGACAACCGUCUGCUGCUGCCUCACUGGGCUAAAGUGGUCCUAACUGAUGUUCACGCAGGCAGAUACAUUCACGGUGUGGCAGUUCACUGGUAUCUUGACAGCUUCGUCCCGGCUGAGAUAAGCCUAGGAGUCACCCAUCACCUCUACCCGGAGUAUUACCUGUUUGGCACUGAGGCCUGCUCUGGCUGGAGCCCACUGGACAGAGGGGUGAAGCUGGGCAGCUGGGACAGGGCUGCGCAGUACGCACAUGACAUUAUAGAGGACUUAAAUCAUUAUGUGGUGGGCUGGACUGACUGGAACCUGGCCUUGGACCAGACUGGUGGGCCAAACUGGGUUAAAAACUUUGUGGACAGCCCUGUUAUAGUGGAUGCAAAGCGGGAUGUCUUCUACAAGCAGCCACACUUCUAUAGCAUGGCUCACUUCAGUAAGUUCCUGUGGGAGGGGUCUCAGAGAGUGGGUGUGUCCGCCAGCCAGGAGACGAAGCUGGACUAUUCUGCCUUCAUCAGAACAGACGGCUCAGUAGUGCUCAUCGUACUCAACAGGUCACCAUCAGUGAUUCAGUUUGAAGUCGGGGAUCCUGCUGUGGGCUACAUCUCCUCCACUGCCCCAGCUCAUUCCUUGCUCACACUCGCUUGGAACACACGCUGAUGAUUAACGCUUCAGUUGGUAACUUUAAUCAUAAUAACUUAUUGUCAUAUUUGCUGAAAUUGACCCUUCGCUAAGUCCCACCUUCUGACGCAGACUGGCCAAUAAUAACGUAGCAUCAGGCCGGCUCAGACCAGGAUCCGACAACAACACAGCUCCAUUGACUGUAAUGCAGUCGUUUCAGAUUUCCUUCAUGUUCAGGCUGGUUUUGUGGAUUUGGAGCUAAAUGUUGUGCCUGGGGCACGUCGUGUAUUAAUGAUACUCGUUACCUGGAGAGGUUGGAAAAAGAUAUACGUUUCUUCCCUGUUCCAAAACCAAAAUCAAACCCUGAAAAGUGUAGGGUUAGCUAGCUAGCUACUGAAGAUAUAGCCUACUGAAUGUAUACACAUGCUGCUUUUGCUUUUUAAUGAUUAUAACAGCGAAAAAAGACCGACCCUGCUGUACAGGAACCAGUGAAGUGAUGACACACAGCUGGUUCAAUAUCAGCAAAGUUUCCCUUUAUAUUCAUUGUCUUAUGUGGCGAUCAGCAGUGAUGUGGUGGUUCACUUUUACACUGUGAUCUGUAGCCUAUAGUUCGGCUUUAGCUUCUAACUAUCUUUGUCUUUUUAACCUGUUGUUGCUGCUGAGUCAGUUUGACAUCCUGGAUAUAUCUUUCAAACACAGACUGUAGACCCCUCUGUCUGCUUCUCUCUGGAAUCACUCUUUCAUUUCUCCAAAGAUAUGAUAAUAUUUCAUCAGGGAGAGCAGUUAGUUACAGUGUGGGCUCCACGCUUAGUCUGACAGCUUGAUGGACCAUCACAAAGGGGCGGGGCUUAGCGAAAGGCCAAUUGUCACCUCGUACAAUCAGUAGUGCAUGAGACAGAUAGUCUGGGAUUAAAAUACAAAUGCCAUUUGAAGCACUACAAGGAAGGUGAAAGGAACAUGUACUACUGUCUGGUUGCAGUGGCAAUUUCAGCAAAUAUGACAGUUAUUUUUAUAAAAGUUACUACCUACAGCUUUAAUACAACUUCACAUAUAUUUGUUCCACCUCCGCCGUGUCACAAAUGUGUCCGUGCACAUUUCAAAAUGCCACAAAAACUAAGCACUUCACGUUGGAACAUUCUCAUUACUGAAGCGGUAAUUACUUCAAGUGCUUUGUCGGUAUCGAACCACUCACAUGCACGUUUUCAAAUUUAACAGGUGCAAGAUUUUCUUUUUGUCCACAGCUUUAGUGAUUUCAGCAGUCACUUAAAUUAACCUCAGUAAACAAGAAUAACCUCACCUCAUUUGAUUUGCAUUUGUAUGCACCAAUCAUCAGGAAUCAUACCUAAGAGGAAUGAAUGUAUCACCUGUGCCGAAGUGUAACUGGUGCCUUGAUUACCUGCUAAUACAACGCUUUAAGUGUCCUCAACAUCUCGUAAGAAAUAAUAUAAUGUACAGAAAUUGUAAAUGCCUUGCUGUUGCUGUUUAAUUUUAAAUAAAGCACAUAUUAUUUUAAAAUA